AUGAGUCUCAGCAUUCCUCCCACCAUGAAGGCACUCGUUAUCAAGGCCCCUUUCAAGAUCGCAGUCGAGGAACGACCCACUCCUCGCAUCGUGGACGCCAAUGACGCCAUUGUCCGGGUGCACCAGUCUGGACUAUGCGGGUCCGAUUUGCAUUGGUAUCGCGGCCAUCAGCCGUCGUCUUACAAUUUCAUUCUAGGCCAUGAAGUAAUCGGCGAGGUCGCAGAGGUCGGCUCUGCCGUCAAAAAGUUCAAGCCGGGGGAUUUGGUCCUGGCUGCCUUUUCCACCAGCUGUGGCGAGUGCUUCUACUGUAGUCAACAACACUCUGCACGCUGUGUUCACUCACAGAAUUUCGGCACUCCAAUGCUGGACGGCGCGCAAGCAGAGUACUUCAGGCUCCCCCAGGCAGAUACGACCCUGUUCCAUGCCCCGGUAGACAUUCCUAAGGACAAACUCGUUCUCCUUACGGACAUUCUCCCCACUGGUUAUCAAGUUGCCUACAAUGCCAAGACCUUGCUGUCCUCCGAUGUUCCGGAAACAGCUGCCAACGCAAUCCAACAACAAAGUGGAGUCUGUGUGGUGAUCGGCUGUGGUCCAGUGGGAUUAUGUGCCAUAUCGGCCGCGUGUACUUUGUUCGAGACCGUGUUCGCGACCGAUAUCGCUCCACACAGACUUGAAUCGGCUUCCCGUCAUGGCGCGAUUGCCCUCCCCCUCGAACAGCUGAAACAGAAGUUGAUGGAAGUCACCGAGGGCCGAGGAGCUGAUGCGUGUCUGGAAGUUGUCGGCCACUCCUCCGCCCUGCAAACUGCUCUGGACCUUGUCAGGCCAUACGGUGCAAUCAGUAGCUGUGGUGUCCAUACUCAGGUGGCACCGCUGGCUGGAUCCCAGCUCUACGGCAAAAAAAUGAUGUUCGGCCGUUGCUCGGUCAACAAGUACAUGGAGCCAGCACUCGCUCUUCUCAGAGAAAAUCAAGCACUGUUCUCAUCUUUCGUGGAGCACAAGAUACCUCUCUCACAGGCUGAAGAGAACAAAGUGGCCAAGACGGUAUUUGACUUUGAAUGA